AUGGUUGGAGGCAGAGUAUUUCUGCACCUGUGGAACGAAUGGGCAGUCCAGAUACUGGUCCUCUUCAGCUUCACGUCGGAAGCGUUCCUCUUUGCCGUCGCCGGCAAUCGUCGGCGCAGUGGCUCUACCAAGCUGAAGGUCCUACUCUGGCUAGCGUACCUGCUGGCCGACUCCACUGCAACCUACACCCUCGGCCACCUGUCCAUCGCCAGCGCCCCACACGUGCACCAGCUGGUGGCAUUCUGGGCGCCCUUCCUCCUGCUGCACCUCGGCGGCCAGGACACCAUUACCGCCUAUGCCCUCGAGGACAACCGGCUCUGGCUACGGCACCUGCAGACCCUUGUGGUUCAGGUCCUAGGAGCUGCUUAUGUCCUCUACAUGCACUUAUCUGGCAGCGGGGCAUUGGUUGCUGCCGCCAUACUGAUGUUCGCCGCCGGAGCUCUCAAGUACGGGGAGAGGAUAUGGGCGCUCAAGUGUGCCGACAACGAUGGCUUGAACAGCUACCUGAAAAAAUACUGCGACGACAGGAAGUUUCCGCCGCGCAUCAGAAGAGGAGUCAGGACCUCUAAACUUUCAUUUGAUGAUGCCAAGGACGACCUGGAGAGCUUUGCCACGGAGGAGGAGAUGGCCCUUCACGGAGCUCACACGCUGCUCAGCCUAUGCGUGCGCGCAUUCAUCAACCACCCGCAGAGCGCGACAGACUACAUCUGUGGAUCCGUAUUCUAUUUUGUUCAUCACAGCAAGGAGAACAUCUAUGCGGUGAUCGAGAUGGAGCUCUCCCUGAUGUACGACAUCAUGUACACCAAGGCGAGGGUGGUUCACACAUGGUAUGGACUCUGCAUCCGUGUCGUCUCGCUUCUCGCCAUAGCCACUACAGCGGUCUUGGUGUUUUGCCUCGUCAACCUGAAGGAUGGUUACAAGAGAGUUGAUGUGGCUAUCACUUGCAUCUUGUUGGUCGGGGCCUUACUUCUGGAGGUAACAUCAGGGUUCAUCGCAUUUGGGUCGACAUGGACAGGCUAUUUCCUGUACUCGCGGAGAUGGAACCUGCUGCAUCCUGUAACGGCCUCUCUUCGCCGGCUUGUAGUCAGGGCAGGAAUCAGGCAAAGAUGGUCGGAGACAGUACGCACGGUUGGACAGUUUAACAUGCUGGAUUUCUGCACAGGGGACAGCUAUAACCUCAAAAAGGUCCCAAUGCGUCGCGCCAAGAUUUCACCUCAACUCAAGGACUUGCUGCUGAACGAGUUGCUGAGGAUAGCGGACAGGCAUGAUGGUGCAGAGGAAGGUAUGUAUUCCUUGAACCAGAACACAGACCUCCCCGUGUUUGAAGCUGAAUUUGACACCAGAAUUGUUCGUUGGCAAAUUGCCACCGACGUCAUCCUCUGCUCGAUCGACCAGGAUGACCAAGGAGACUACCAGGUGGCAAUCAAGAACCUCUCGGAUUACAUGAUGUUUCUCCUCGUAAAGCAUCCCGACAUGCUGCCAGGGCAUAGCCGGGGCCACAUGUACGUCGAUGCCUUGCAAUGGAUCGCACGCUGUAAUAAGAACGUCGAGCGUCUGGACAAGGAGGCUUCAAUAAUGCGCAACUAUAAGAAGCCUUCAAUCACACGUGGGGCUCAAGUUGCCCAGUACAUGACUGAGAAAUGCCAUCGACCGGACGAUGACUCUGGAGAGAACGCUACCUGUAAUCACGGAGUUGAUAUCGCCAAAACCCUGCUCCAGAAGGGAUGGGACACCCGCCAUCUCUUGGGGGCGAUAUUCGGGGUUUGGGUGGAGAUGUUGUGCUACGCAGGCAGGCACUGCAGCAGGGAUUGCCAUGCUAGGAAACUCAGCAGCGGCGGCGAAUUUCUGACCGUCGUGUGGCUGCUGACUGCACACCUUGGCAUAUACGAGUACGCCAAGUUCAGGGAGCCACCUAGGGUCUAUCAUAAUACCCAUGAUUUACUAAGGAUUGACCCUUUAACUGUGAAUCUAUCUUGA